AUGGCAUCAGCAACGACUCAAGAUACCUCCCAUUCAUUUCUAAGAGUUCCCCUCGAGCUUCGUCUUAAAAUAUGGAGAUUAUCGUUCCCUGGACCCCGGUCGAUCCGCAUCUCUCUUAUUGAGGGUCAUUUCAUGAGCAAUACUAACACCCCUACUGGCCUUCGCAUCUGCAAAGGAUCAAGAGAUGAGACUCUGAGAUUCUAUAAGCUUUGCUUUGCUGCGGACCCUUCGAACGCCCGUAUAUACUUCAACGUUGACUGCGAUGUACCACACCUUUUCACUCAACCCUUGGAUCCAUACUUUUAUAAUCUACACAUGUUUAAUCACCUUUUCAGGCCAUAUAAUAUGGGCGCUCCUCUAGCCACAUACCUCAGACUCUUUAGCAUAGCUCAUGCCUCUAUCAAAAACGAUAUUAAAGCCGUCUGUUUAGAAGAUUGUAGGCUCCUUACCGGUGAAUACGAAGCUCCUCCCAUGCCUUUGUUUGGGCCAAAUUGUCAGGUGCUUGACUUCCAAGGAAUUUCCUUCCGUACGCAAAAACUGGAUCACGGCGAGAUUUCGCAACAGAGCUUGCACCAACGGAUUGGAGAUGUAUUUGGCACUUCAAAGUUCGCAUACGUUGAUGGUCAUCUACCAAUUGUUCCUAUUGGCUGGGGACCAGUUCCUUCCUCUGAACCCUCAGAUUUUUUUGCUCCCCUCAUCGAACAAGUUUGGGCCGCGGAUUGUCAUGGAUUCAAUGACAUUGUCUGGCAGUUUAUUGAACAUAAGGUCAACAAGACUCGUGAGGAUUACCGAAAGGCUGACCAGAUCAAUCGGUCAGCUAGGUAG